AUGAAAGCAGACUACUGUCAUAUUGAUGACCCUCCAGGAAACAGAGCUUCUUAUCUACUCUCAGAAGCAUUUGAAGAUCCUUAUGCCAACUACGUAGAUGGUUAUGAAAAAGCACGAGCCUGCAUUGUCACUCAAGGACAAUUCCCUUCAAGAUUUGAUGACUACUGAUGUAUGAUUUAAGAGCAGCGAGUUUACAUUGUGAUGAUUACCAACUUUGUAGAAGGAGGACUAAAAAAGUGUGACAUUUGUUGGCCGAAAGAAGGAACUAAAGUGUAUAGCAUCAUUCAAAGGUUUGUACACAAAUCUUCUGCUGUUAAUACUACAAAUGUAGGUCCACUUACAGUUCACUAUAAUGCGGGGGUUGGAAGAAUUGGAAUGUACAUAGAUAAUGAUGCUAUGUUAAAGCAGAUUAAACACCAACAUAUAAAUGUAUUUGUUUAGCUAAAGCCCAUACGACAGCAGAUGAACUUUAUGGUUCAGACCCAAGAUCAAUAUAUCUUUAUCCAUGAUGCUUUGCUCGAAGCUAUUGUGAAUGGAGAUACUGAAUUUUCAGGAAUCAGCUUCUUUGCUACAUCUAAAAUGCUAUAG